AUGAAUCUACAAGUUGCCCCCGAUCAAGUUAUGUGUAGAGCUUUUCCUCAAAUGUUGACCAACACAGCUCGAGACUGGUUUUCAACUUUGGAGCCAAACUCCAUAGCCUCUUUCUCGGAUCUAGCCGACAAGUUCUCCGUCUUCUUCGCCAGCAGCAAGCGCAUCAGGAAAACAGCAGCUUCCCUCAUGUGUGAAGAGUUCAAGAUGUCUCUAUCAAAGACCCCUCCAACAUCAGUAACCGACCUACUUACUCGAGCCGAAAAGUACAUCAACAUGGAAGAGACUAUGUUUCCAAAGAGAGAUGCCCCACCAUCAGCUAAGCCAAAGCUUAAAAGACAACAUGAGCUUAAUCUGCAUCAAGAUCAACCUCGUGGUAAAACAAGGCAUGAUAACCCUUCAGCAGCCUUUACUCGCCUGAAUACCACAAGAUCUAACAUUUUGAUGGAGAUCAAUGAUAUGAAAGAGCUCAAAUGGCUGUCAAGAAUGAAGUCCUCUUCUAAGCCCCGGGACAUGAACAAAUAUUGUGAGUUUCAUCAAGACCAUGGACAUACCAUAGAGACAUGCAAAGCCUUACUGCGCGAGAUCGAGUCUUUGAUCAAGAGAGGAUUCUUAGGGGCAUCUGUCGGUCAAGACAAGCGUUCAAGGAAUGAUCUUAACAAAGCAAAUACCUCAGGGACUGGGGACAGCAAUGGACCAACGGUGGGGACGAUCAAUGUCAUUGUCUAG